CUCCCGCGGGGGCUCGGGCAUCUGCGCGCCGGGCGCUGCGAGCGGCAGCCGCGCCGGGAUGGAGGGCGCGAUCCUCGCCCGGGAGCCGGCGCACACCGUGCUCCUGCUGCUGCUGCUGAGCCUCUUUCCCGCAGGUGGUGCACUGUCCCAUGUAGAGUCCUUACGGGUUGUGAAUAAAGGGGAUGAAUUAAGGCUGACGUGCAAUGAGAAAGGACCUGUGACUUGGAGUUUCCAGAAUUCGGACCCGUUGGCAAAAGCGAAGAGUUCCAAUGAGAAAGAGUGGCACACCAAAAAUGCAACAGUCAGAGACAUAGGCAGAUACACAUGCAGAAGCGAAGGGAGUAUUGUCUCCUCUUACUAUGUUUUCGUUAAAGAUCCAAAUGUGCUCUUCCUUGUUGAUUCUCUGAUCUAUGGAAAAGAAGACAGUGACAUCCUGCUGGUGUGCCCACUAACAGAUCCAAAUGUUACGAAUUUCACACUGAAAAGAUGUGAUGGGAAACGUCUCCCCAGAAAUAUGACGUUCAUUCCCAAUCCCCAGAAAGGCAUUGUUAUAAAGAACGUACAGAGGUCGUUCAAGGGCUGCUACCAGUGCUUGGCCAAGCACAAUGGAGUCGAGAAGAUAUCAGAGAAGAUUUUCCUGAAUGUGAGACCAGUUCACAAAACUCUUCCUGUCAUCACCUUAUCAAAAAGCUAUGAACUUCUCAAAGAAGGAGAAGAAUUUGAAGUUACAUGCAUAAUCACGGAUGUGGAUAGCAGUGUAAAAGCUAGUUGGACUUCUCACAAGAGUGGGAUUGUUACAAGCAAAAGCAGAAAUUUGGGUGAUUAUGGAUACGAAAGGAAAUUAACAUUGAACAUCCGUUCAGUGGGAGUUAAUGAUUCUGGAGAAUUCACAUGCCAAGCAGAAAACCCUUUCGGAAGAACCAAUGCCACAGUAACCUUGAAAGCUCUAGCUAAAGGAUUUGUCCGUUUGCUUGCAACAAUGAAUACCACAAUAGAUAUAAAUGCAGGACAAAAUGGAAACUUAACAGUUGAAUAUGAGGCAUAUCCAAAACCAAAGGAAGAAGUCUGGAUGUACAUGAAUGAAACAUUACAGAAUUCCUCAGACCAUGAUGUCAAGUUCAAGACUGUGGGCAAUAACAGUUACACAAGUGAACUUCACCUUACACGACUAAAAGGAACAGAAGGAGGCAUUUACACAUUUUUUGUGUCCAACUCUGAUGCCAGCUCCUCUGUAACAUUUAAUGUCUAUGUGAAAACAAAACCUGAGAUUCUCACACUGGAUAUGCUUAGCAAUGGUGUUCUCCAGUGCAUAGCAGCUGGAUUCCCAGCCCCUACCAUAUACUGGUAUUUUUGCCCAGGAACUGAGCAGAGGUGCUUUGAUUCACCAACAAUAUCCCCCAUGGAUGUCAAAAUCGGUUACACAAAUUCAUCAGCUCCAUCAUUUGAGCGAAUCCUGGUUGAAAGCACCAUUAACGCCAGCAUGUUCAGGAGCACCGGCACCGUGUGUUGUGAGGCCUCCAGCAAUGGGGACAGGAGCUCUGCUUUCUUCAACUUUUCUGUUAAAGAGCAAAUCCGUACACAUACCCUUUUCACCCCGUUACUAACUGCAUUUGGAGUUGCUGCAGGACUGAUGUGCAUUGUAGUCAUGAUCCUGGUGUACAUAUAUUUGCAGAAACCCAAGUAUGAAGUUCAGUGGAAAGUUGUUGAAGAAAUAAAUGGAAACAACUAUGUUUACAUAGAUCCAAUGCAACUUCCUUACGAUAACAAAUGGGAAUUUCCUAGAAACCGUUUGAGUUUUGGUAAAACCCUUGGCGCUGGAGCUUUUGGGAAAGUUGUUGAAGCCACUGCUUAUGGUUUAUUUAAGUCUGAUGCUGCUAUGACAGUAGCAGUAAAGAUGCUGAAAACAAGUGCCCAUUUAACAGAGAGAGAAGCCUUGAUGUCAGAGCUUAAAGUGCUGAGUUACCUUGGAAACCACAUUAAUAUUGUGAAUCUGCUUGGAGCUUGCACUAUUGGAGGUCCCACUCUGGUCAUUACAGAAUAUUGCUGUUAUGGUGAUCUUUUAAAUUUUCUGAGACGGAAACGAGAUUCAUUUAUUUGUCCAAAACAUGAAGAACACGCAGAUGCCGCUGUUUAUGAGAACCUUUUGCAUCAGUCGGAGCCUGCAGCUGAUGUUGCCAAUGAGUACAUGGACAUGAAACCCGGAGUGUCAUAUGCAGUCCCACCAAAGGCUGACAAAAAACGACCUGUGAAGUCUGGAUCCUACGCUGAUCAGGAUGUUACCCUUUCAAUGCCGGAAGAUGAUGAACUUGCUUUAGAUGUAGAAGAUCUGCUAAGCUUUUCUUACCAGGUGGCAAAGGGCAUGAGCUUCCUUGCCUCCAAAAACUGCAUUCAUAGGGAUCUGGCUGCAAGAAAUAUUCUUCUAACUCAUGGUCGAAUUACAAAAAUCUGUGACUUUGGCCUGGCAAGAGAUAUAAGGAAUGACUCAAAUUAUGUGGUCAAAGGAAAUGCUCGUCUUCCUGUGAAGUGGAUGGCACCUGAAAGUAUUUUCAAUUGUGUCUACACAUUUGAGAGUGAUGUCUGGUCUUAUGGGAUAUUGCUUUGGGAGCUCUUUUCUUUAGGAAGCAGCCCCUACCCAGGGAUACCUGUGGACUCCAAGUUCUAUAAAAUGAUCAAAGAGGGAUAUAGGAUGUUCAGUCCUGAGUGUGCACCGCCUGAAAUGUAUGACAUAAUGAAGAGUUGCUGGGAUGCUGAUCCUUUACAGAGACCCACAUUUAAACAAAUUGUACAAAUGAUAGAGCAGCAGCUUUCAGAUAAUGCCCCCCGGGUUUAUGCCAACUUCUCAACCCCACCUUCCAGUCAAGGAAAUGCUCCAGAUCACUCGGUGAGGAUUAACUCGGUGGGCAGCAGUGCUUCAUCGACUCAGCCUCUCCUGGUACGCGAAGAUGCUUGAGUGGCAUGUGAAGAGGAGGAGAUCAGAUGUGUUAGCUGUUUGUAUUGUGCAGGGGCUGAGAGAGGGAUGACUUCAAUAAUUUCUCUUUCUUUUACUCACUACUACUACUGUGUAACUGAAACGUUGUUGUAAUACUGUCCUUUACCAUGCACUGUUAUACAUAAACUUAAUCCGCUGAGCACGGUUACAGGCAUCAUUUCAGUGUUAAUUGAAGCUGUAUAUAUUUCGCUGUAUUGUGUGUAUUUGCAGUAGAGAGCCAGACGUGAAGGAAAAAAAAAAAACAACUAACAAAAGAAAUCCUAAGCCAGAGUGUGGAAUUAGAUGACUGUAGAUCAAACCAAAUCUGCAGUGAUUCUUCUCUGGAUCUGUGCCUGGAAUUCAGUCAUUUUCUAGUUAAUCUUCUUUUUCUGAAUUUACAAAAUAAACAAGUACUAAGUUAAUGGUUUUGUAAACCCCUUUCCACAUCCAGCCAAGCCUGAGAGGCUUUCCCAGGCAGGUAUCAUAGGUUGGAGGCCAGUGAGGGUGCUGUAUUUACCUGGUAAAAAGCUCUGGGGCUUAAAGCAGAGGUGAUGGGAGGAAGAGCAUGGAUUUUCAUUUUGAUUUCCCACCUGCGCUGUCACCCUUACAGAGCAGUUGCACGGUUUCCAUGGAUAUAUGCACUGCUUCCCACUGGUGCAUUCCCUGCCAGGAUGAAACUGCCCAUUGCUGGGUCUCAUGCCACCAUGGAUCCUGAACUGCUCCUGUGGCCCUCUGCCUGGGGUGCCCAAAGACUUUGACCUUUGUUUUGCUAAUAGUUGCAUCUAAAGGUGUUCACCAAAGAUAGGUGGGCCCUGCCAGACUGGUCAAAAAAGAGGAGGAAGGCUGAUUCCAGUAAACUGUGUGUCUGGAGAAGGGGCUGUUUAACGAGUCAUCUUAUCUAAGGGAGAGCAGAGAAAAAUAAUGCUCUCCUGGGGGCCCUUUCUUUAUCUUGUCCUACCCAGGUGAAUCUUUCCCACAGGCAGUCUUGGAUAGUGCUAACUGGAAAGGGCUAUUUUUCUCCACCCCAAGUUGUUUCUGUGGUAGUCCAGAGAUGAUAAUGAGGAAGAAUCUAACUGGGAAGUGCCAAAUUUAUAAAUGGCAUAAAAGAAAGAAUCCUUUCAUUCUUCUUUGACAGACGUGAAGCUUUGGGGUCAGCAUUUGUUGAGCCUAAGGUGGUGCUUAAAAGUGUUUUCUAACCCCUUUUCUUCCCACCAGGAGCACUGGUUCUUUUCUUCCUUUGUUUCUGACCCCUAAAAAUAAGUAAAGGCAUUGAGAGAAGCAUUUCUCAGAGGCAGAGUCCUACUUGAGUACCUCUUUAUUUACAAUGCACUUAAGCACUCUGUAACUUUUACUUUACCAGGAUUUUGCUUGAGUUUACAUGCAAUUGAAAUGUGUAACUAACUGCCCAAAUACAAGGUAAUUGUAAGUACACACGCUGGUAAUAUAUUUUGGGUUACAUUGAAUACCGCGCUCCUUCUAUGACUGUGCAUUUGGUUUAUUGUUACAGGAAUCUUUCAGAGUUAAAUAUAAAAUUAGCCAUUUGCACUGAACUUACUUAGGCUGUUGCACCUUUCCAAAGUUAGCCAUUUGUUUGGAUGCACUCUUAUGCAUACUAGUUGUUGAGCAUUUUCAGUUUAAUGCUAUAAGAGCUCUUUUGUAACGUGUUGGCUUUUGGAGCAACUGUAGACAAACUAGUUGUUAUAGAUGUCUCGGUACUAUACAGACACUUAGCUGAAAGAGGUUUGGGUUUUUUUGUUCUUGAAAUUUAUAUUUUUAUAAUUUGGGGGGGUUUGAAACUUCUUUUGCAAUGGCUUGGUGUUUUGAAUGGGUUUAUGCAUUGUUUUUGUAAAUAUGGAAAUGUAGCAAUAAUGUCCUUUUGACUAUUCUCAGUCCUUGAGUCUCAAAAAUAUUUUUUUAUAUAUAUAUAUAUAUGCAAAAACUAUAUGUAUAAAUAUGUAAGUGUUUGAAAGUUUAUGAAACACUUAUGGAUAUGUUGCUCAGUUGUAGAAUUGCAGUUAAAAAAAGUUCAAA